AAUAAUGCAUGUAUUUGUUAGCGAGUCUGUUUUUAAUAUAUUGUAGUAGAGGAUUAGCGAUUCACAACGGUGGAUGGUGUGCAAGUGCUUCUGAGGACAGCAGGUCGAGGUGAUGUGCGCCCCCUCCCCCCUUUGCCUUGUCCAGCCGCGCGCACGUCGUCUACUAGAUUUCACUUUUCAUUUCGCGCACCCCUCCUCUCGCAUACGCGCUGCUAUCAGGAGACUCCCAUCCGAUUUACUGCUUGGUGAACGAAGCUCUUUACAAACAACAACUCGCUUUCUUCCACCGCUAAAUAAAGGGACAUCCCCGGAUUUCUCUGCGUCUGUGAAAACAUUGCGGCUCUCCAUGUUGAUGUGCCGCUUUUGAUCCAAGAUUUACGCACCUGAGAAUUGCGCCAUGAAAAAGCAAAGGAUGCUCCCACUGUGUUGAAAAACGGGAUUAAAAGGUGCAUCUAGACUCAAGUCCGGAGUAAAACUUAAGAAUAAAAAAAAAAAAUCAUGAUGUCUGUGAACAUGAUGCCAUCCUCUGCCAUUUGGCCUGGAGACGAGCAGCCGUCAAUACUGGACCAGGAACCCAACUCCCUCUCCAGCCAAGCCCCUGUUUCUGUGCCAUGCCCACCGGUUAUAGGUGAACAGCUCGUCAAUAGCACUAGUCUAGCCAACUCUCGGCCUCCCCGCAGCAAAUCCAAAGGAGAGCUUGUUAUAGUUAUCAACGAGAAGCUCAAGAACGGUAAUGGGAUCCACCCUUCAGACAGCACUUCUCCAGUCAUCUCCUCUCCACCAAAGAGACAGCACUCCAUCUCUUAUCCCCAUCAGGGCAAAACCCGCAAAGGCAGCAGAGCAGGAUCUAUUGGCUACACAGCUUUUUCACCCCGGCCAUCCCUGUCCCGCCACUCAAGCAUCGCUACCAACCCCCCUUUGGAUCGGACCAAGGUUAAGGACUACCUACUGCUCUCCGUGCUGGCAUGCUUUUGUCCUGUGUGGCCCAUUAACAUUGUGGGCUUUGUCUACUCUAUCAUGUCUAAAAACAGCCUGGAGCAGGGAAACCUGGAUGGGGCUGUGCGCCUGGGACGUGUGGCCAAGAUGCUCGCCAUGGUGUCUCUAGUUGGAGGGACGGUCAUUAUCAUCGCCUGCAUUGUCAACUUGGCUAUAAAUGUGAAAACCUGAGUUUCAUUCCUCGAUGAAACAGGAUAAGACAUCAGACCACCUGGCCCACACCUGCACUACCGUCUUACCGCCUAGUCAUUACCUGGAUGUGACAAAUGUACACCUAUUAUUAAGUGCUUACUAAUAUUUCUGUAAACUUUAUUAGUGCAGUCACUUUGCUAAUGGAUGAAAAACACAUGCAAAUACUCUACUGAUGUGAGUCAGGGAGGGUUCAAUCUGCUUGUAGGUGUAGGGGGUGCAACCUUUCAUAAUCUGGUCAAAUGUUUCAGACAUUUGACCAACAGGACUAUAAAUUUGGGGCAGAGAGGAAAGAGGGCAUCUAGCUUUAGUGUCACAUGCAAACUCAAAAUGUCUGCCAAAUCUCUUUCACUGCACCACCACCAGGAUGCUCCUGCUCGCCAUAAAAUCCCUUCAAUUACACAGGAUGGCUUUGGGAUUUGUGUUGCUUUGAACAGAAGAAAGUUCGUUUACAAUUACACUGCUCCACUAUUUUCUAAGAAAAUAGCUACAGCAGUGGAUGAUAAAAUGGAGGUCUAACAAGGACUUGUAAUGAGCUCUGAAAUGUAAAACCGAGGAUUAUGGAAAGUCAUUUCAAAGAAUCAUAAGCUAAAUACCAUAGUCACUUUCCGGUCAACUCAUCAAAUUUCUAUUUCUGAGGAAAAUGGUGCUUUCCUCCUCUCCUGGAUACCACUGUGAACUGCAAACCACUGUAGCAAGAUAUGGUCUUUGUGUAUAAACACUUAAUCUACAUAUUAUACCCUAUCUUUUUAUAUAUUUGUAAGAAAACAUUUUGAAACUUGAGAUUUUCAAUCAGUCAUUUGUAUGGUGAUGCUCUUUCACCACUGUGUCUCAGUAAAAGAUGGUGAUAUGGUACUUAUAUGGGCAUCAUACUAUUUGGUUAACAAAUGAAAUGGCUUGUGUCAAUUAUACUGUAUCUCUGUGGCUGUAGCUUUAGUCUGGUGCAAUCGCAAUGUAACUUUGCAAUUCUUUUUUUUUUUUUUUCUCUUUUCUAUUUGAGAAAGGGUUGUAAUUAACAAUGUACUGACAAUGUGAGGAUUUAAUCAAUUCAUGAUUACUUUGGAGUAGCCAGUUUUUUAUAAUUCUGAGGAAAUUAUAUGGUUGCCUCUGAUCUUUUUUGCAGUUUUCACUGUGAUAUGAAACUACUGGGACGAAAUGGUUAAUCAAAUGCAAAUUUUCAGUAAAACACACAAUCACAACCUAACACUUCAAAACUGCUAUUAAUAUGAAUUUUUCUUAUACUGGUACUAAACAUGUUUCUCAAUUGUACUUAAUAUUGCUAAUGUUAAUAUUGUGGAUUCUAGUAGACAUGAUUUAGCUUUAAGUAGACACUGUUGGUUAGCCUUGAAAGUUAUUGUAUUGCCAUCAGGGUAUUAUAAGCUUUGUGAUUAAUGGCAUGUUGUGGAUUUUUUAUAAUUCAUGUAUGAUGAUAGUUUGAUUAAUUGAUGAAAAUGUGAUUUGGCACUCGGGGAAACAAUGCAGCACAUUGACAAUAAAUACACAUGCAUGUAA